UCUAUCGGUCAUUUUCACGUACACAUCACUUGCCGGGAAAUUUUGUACUUACAUUCUUUAAUUUCUAAAAAUUUCCUUCAAGUUUCAAAAUAACAAGCGCUCGGUUGAUCAUCGUUUCUGUGGCAUGGGAUACAGUAGUGUAUUGAGAAUAUAACGUAAAAGUGGUUUCUAGCGUUUCGAUGAGGGGCGCCAUUCUCUGAGAACGUGGUGAAUUUUCCAUGUCGAGUAACUGCUCGGGAGCGCGGGAUAAUAUCUGACGGGUGUUUUCGUGUAAUCUUCCGAGAUAUAUUCGGUCCGAAUUUCGAUCCGUCGGCUCGUUAUUACCACAAAUCAGUGCGGAUUAAUAUCAAAAUGGCACAAGAUGCUGAUAUGCCAACUUUCAAGUGUGUCCUCGUCGGCGACGGUGGUACUGGGAAAACUACGUUUGUAAAACGACAUUUAACCGGAGAAUUCGAAAAGAAAUACGUCGCCACUUUGGGCGUAGAAGUACAUCCUUUGAUAUUCCACACGAAUCGAGGACCCAUUAGAUUCAAUGUUUGGGACACCGCCGGUCAAGAGAAGUUUGGUGGUCUCAGGGACGGUUAUUACAUUCAAGGGCAAUGUGCUGUUAUCAUGUUUGAUGUUACAUCAAGAGUUACUUACAAGAAUGUGCCGAAUUGGCACAGAGAUUUAGUCAGAGUUUGUGAGAACAUACCUAUCGUGCUCUGCGGUAACAAAGUUGACAUCAAAGAUAGGAAAGUCAAAGCGAAGAGCAUCGUUUUCCACAGAAAGAAAAAUCUCCAGUACUACGACAUCAGUGCGAAAAGCAAUUACAAUUUUGAAAAGCCAUUCUUAUGGUUAGCACGUAAACUCAUCGGUGAUCCAAAUUUGGAGUUCGUCGCCAUGCCUGCUCUUCUACCUCCCGAGGUUACCAUGGACCCACAAUGGCAGCAACAAAUAGAAAAGGAUCUCAAGGAAGCUCAAGAAACUGCAUUACCAGAGGACGACGAAGACCUUUAGUCUGUUUCGUCGUUCCUAUCAUCCGAACAGAGGCAUACCGUGUACGAGCAUACCUCGGUUGUUACGUUCUCGUGCCUCUCCAUAAAUCGAAGAUUCUUUCUUUGAAGGAAUUAAAAGAUUCGCCAAAUUUUGUUCGAUACGGGAAUACGUUAAUAACGAUAAAAAUAUUUCUGUGAUUUCAAACUUUACGCGAGCUUUAUCUUGAAGAAGGGAUACAGGAAUUGAUAACUGCGUUUGCAUGCACAUGCAUCAUGUAUGCGAAGAAUAUAGUACACAUGACCUCUAAUUUUAUACGAGUGCCGAAUGACCCGAGCGUAACCUAGGACUUAAUCGAUGCGGACAUGUAGGCUUUGAUCGAUACAUUUCAAAUGUUCAAAAUUUAAUACGCUGAAGUUGAAAAAAAAAGAGUUCUUCGAUGAUAAACGUUGCGCUUGCUCUAUAUUCUUUAUGCCUUUUUAUUGUAUUGUGAAUGAGUAUGCGUGAGUAGUCGUAUGUUGUAUAACACGACGUAUUUAAUGUAACCGACGGAGUGGUUUUUCGAUAAAUCGUAUUGUCCAUCAGGUUUCAGGUGUACCGUUGUGUAGUUAUUGAAUUUUUUUCUUGUCGAUAUCGUCGCAGCCGAUUCAAUUGUUCGAACGAAACGAAUUGUUACAUUUUUUUUUCGUAAAUCACGAAUAUAAAGAAUUAAUUCCAUGAGAAAGAAUCUAUCGAUAUACAACAGAAAACGCUGAUUUUUCCUUUUUUUAGAGGUCACUGUUUACACGUACACUCAGAAGUA